GAUAACUGCACCCUCAACCCUCCUGCUCCAUACCCGCCAUGUUUGUGCUGACAUCAAUCCACGACACGUUAAAGAUCCUGCCAGCCGAGUUCCGCAAAUCGCGCGAAGAAGCUAUCAAAGACGAAAUCAACCGCAAAUACUCGAACCGCGUGCUGCACGACGUCGGCCUCUGCAUGCUAGUCCACGACCUAGUAGAGAUCGACGAAGGCUACGUCCAGCACUCGGAGGGCUGGAUAUGGAUCAAAGUUCAUUUCCGCAUGGCUGUGUUCCGGCCCUUCCGCGACGAAAUCCUCGUGGGCAAGGUGCGCAGCGCCAGCCCCGCAGGCGUUCAGAUCUCGAUCGGCUUCUUUGACGAUAUUUCUGUGCCGGCCGAGAUGAUGCCGCAGGGCUGCGAGUUUGACGCGACCGAGGGCGUGUGGGUGUGGCGGUAUGAGGGCAAUGACCUGUUUAUGGAUCUGGACGAGGACAUUAGGUUCAGGGUUCUGCGCGUCGACUUUCUGGAUGUCAAUCCCCCCCGGGGCGAGAAGGAGGGCGUCAAGCCGCCGUACCAGCUUGUCUGUGGCAUUAAUGACUCGGGCUUGGGCUUACUAUCGUGGUGGGGCGAAUAACUGCGAUGCUCUCAUUUCAGCAAACGAGGGGUUUCUGCUUUUUCUGUAGCGCAAUGUGUGCAACGGCUGACGCCACCUUCGUAUCCUACUUUUAUUCGGUGCAUAUACACAUACACAUACUA